UGCCCUAACCACCGACAGGGAAGGAGAAGAGAAAGAGAAACCCACCCCCGCAAGCGAGGAUGCACCGAAACCCUCGCGUCCUCCUCCGCGCCGCCGCCUAUCUCCUCCGCCCCUCCACCGCCGCCCCGCAACCCCUAACGAACGCCAGACCUCCCCUGCCACUUUCUCCGCGGGGCCUCAUCCUCCCUGCACAACGCCGCGCCUUCUCGACGGACUACGGCAAGGACGUCGACGAGGUGAACCGCAAGUUCGCCGAAGCGCGGGAGGAGAUCGAGGCUGCCAUGGACAGCAAGGAGACGGUGUACUUCAACGAGGAGGCCGCCUGCGCGCGCGACGCGGCCGGCGAGGCCCUCGGCGCCUUCGACGCGCUGCUUGCGCGGGUCCCGCCCGCAGACGCCGACGCGCUCCGCAGGUCCAUGGGGCUCAAGAUGGAGCAGCUCAAGGCCGAGCUCAAGCAGCUCGAGGAGUAGUGGUUGCUCCAGGCCGUUCUUUGAUGAGCGCAUCGAGGUCAGAGAUUUCUUCUUUUGGGAACAAAUCUUGGCGAUCUUUGUUUUAGUUAGUACUUAUAUGUUCCUAUAGUAGUUCCUGGAUAUUCUGAUUGGGAAAUAAAAUUAAGGCUGCACUUCAUUCCUGUUGUGGGAGAUUACAUUUGGAGCUAAUUGUCCAUGCUGAUGCAAAUUGGUAGCAUACAAUUUGUACCAGCAAAAUUGGUAUUUAUGUUCAUUCUGGAUUGAUGGAGCCUCAGAAUUAAAUUAGAAGAGCGAAGCAUGUAAUUUGUUCCUGUGCCAAUUGUGAUAUUAUUAAUUGAGGUUAACAGUUAAAAAGGAUGGUCAUAUUUGCA